UUCUGUUUGCCUCCUCAAAUCCAUUUCUUCUCCUCUGUGUCCAUUUAAUUGAAGCAUAAAAAAAAAAACAUAAUUAGCAUUUAAAUCUCUUUCCUACAGUUGCUUGCCUUCCCCACAUCGCUCUCUCUCUCUCUCCUCUCUUACUCUACCAGACUCUACAUGUCUCCGUCGCCUCGGCAACCGAUGCUUUUUUUCCCUCCCUCACUUGCUCUCUGUGUCUCCCCCCUUUCUCUCUCUGACUCCCUCUCUCAUUCCCUCUCUCUUCACUGCCAGAGGUAGGCAUGAUAACUGAUAUGUGUCGGAGCGCGUGUGUGUCUCUGUCCGUCUGUGUGUGCAUGUGUGUCAGUGUGCGUUUCUCUGAGUGACAUUUCUGUGGCAUUUGGGCAGCAGUUGUAGAUGGGAAGUUAUCCCUCUCUGCUCAAAGUGCCACAUAGUGUGUUGGCUCCGUGCAUGACGCCUCUAAUGAUGAUGAAUGUGCUGCGCUCAGGUGUGUGCGAUCUGUAAAUGUGUGAGACGGAGCAGAACAGACAAUGAGUGUGUACUUUAGUGUGUGUGUUUUUGAGAGUGGAUGUGGUUGCUGUACGAACAUGUGGUGCAUAAUUGAGCGUUAAAUUUUAAAGCCCAGGGGUGUGUAUGUGUGUGUGUGUCUCUUCAAAAUAGUGACAGUGUUGGCUUGCUGCCAGUACAUCUUGAUGUUUUCUAUGUUUACAUGUCUUUCAUUUGGUAACAUUAAAGAAGAAGAAGAAAAAACCUGGUCCCUCCCCCUUUCCCUCCUUCUCUCUCUCCCUCUGCCUCUCUUGUUAUCUCUCUCUCUUGCCCCUCUGUCCUUCCUCACAGAGAGAGAGAUGAUCGGAGCAGCGGAGUCUAAGUGAACAGAACGAAGCGAUGGAGAGAUGGUAAGAUGGACAGUAGGAGCUGAAGGAGGGGUGUAUAGGCGAGCAGAUGCUUACAAUGUCAUUCUGAGUGAUAGCUGGCAUGGUUUUUGAGCUGAUGAGGUCGAGCAGGGCGCCUGCAGACAAAAAGAUAACUUCUCCGUCACUCCUCCACUUCUCAUUCUUUUUCUCCUCCACUUUUCUUCCAGCUCCAUCUCUCCUGUCACACGACUGACCGCCCUCCGCUGCCUCCUCUGCCUCCUUCUGGUUGCUCUGGUGACACAGCCCUCCACCUGUAACCGUGACGACAGCCAGGGCGAGGAGGAGCAGGUGGACGCCCUUUCAGUCCAGCUGUCCGUCACAGCCCAGGUCACACCCACCCCUCUGUGGGCGGUGGUCUGGGGCCCGACACAACCUCUGGAGGAUGAGACCUAUCACUUCCACUCCAGCCAGGAGACCGACCCCCUGCACCCGCAUCCCCACGGGAACCGGCUGGAGGACAGCACCGCCACCUCGCAGGAGUGGCCUUAUCCCAGCGCGAGCAUGCAGCCAAGAGAGGAGGCACCACUGGAGUCUAGAGACCAAGAGGGAGCAAAGGAUGGAGAAAUGGAGGUGGAGCCUGAGGAAGGUGGGCAUCAGGACUCGCAGAUGAAGAAUUUCCAAAUAGAGGUGUUCAUGAUCCACAGUCCAUGUGAAUACACACAUGCCACAAAGUCCUCCAGGGAAUGAGCUGUCAGAGGGGUGAAGGCUGACAGGGAGCUGUGUGCAGCCGGCUGUGUCUGUGGCGGGGGAAUGCCUAAUAAAGUUCUCAUCACUCAAAGGCAGGAAUUGGCCGCUGUCAGACUGUACGAUACAAAGAAGACGUCACCAGAUUAGAGUUUGAGUUGGAGGCCGGUGUUUUUUUUUUUCACAUUCAGUUUCAUGUUUCAACUGACUUUAUUGAUUUCUGUGAUCCCUCUGGAUACAAAUAUACAGUGCAUAGACAUUGUGUGAGAAAUUAAUAACUGCAUAAGAAACUGUGUGUGUGUGUGUGUGUAUGUGUGUAUUACAGUGGAUCCUCAGUUCUACGUCACCGUGACCAUCUCUUCCCUGCUCAUCCUGACAGCAGUCAUCAUAACUGCAAAACUCUGGUAGGAACCUGAUCUCUAUUUGUUUUUUUAUCCCCUCUGUUUGUGUGCACACGUAUUUGUCUUCAUCGAUGGGAAACCUGACUUGUGAAGACUUUCUUCCUCGCGUGGCUUUAAUGAGUGCUCUGUCUGACAUUUUAACUCUCUGAAAAGGGCAGUCCACAUUAAGAAUUUACAGAGUAUGAAAGACGUGUGUUUGUGAGUGAGAAUUUUGCUGAAAGAUUGUGAAUGGUUUUUGAAUAAUAAGCAAUCUCAACCACUUUGAGCUGGACUCCUGUACCAUAGCAAAGGACUACACCUGUUUCCUAAAAAAGUGUAGAAAUGGGAAUAUUCAGUGAUUUCUAAUGGUCAGAUUCUAGACUGAAAUUCUGACAUGCUCACCUCUCCCUUUGGUGGAUCAGUGGUGGCCUUUAAGGACAAGAAACUCCUGUAAUGCAUAACAAGUUUGAUCCUCCAUUUGUCAAUUUUACCAACAUAAAUUUCUAUUACUAUGAAUCCUGCUGCGCAUUACAACCACCCUCUUCCUCUUUGCCAUCCAGCUGUUGCAUUUCACGGAGUCGCCCACCAGAUUCCUAACCACAUACGUCACUAGUUUGUCUGUUCUAUGCUACAAUAACAACAUGGCAGUGCAAGAUGGCGGCUUGUAAUCCAGAAGGCUCAUUUUAAAUUCACAGAAACAAAAGGAUUGUUAUAUUUAGGUGAUUAUGUACUAAUUUAAAUAUGUGUGACAACAAUAUUUAAUGUCUACCAAAUCUGUUCCUUUAAUUACUGCUCUGCACCUUAACGAUAAUCUGACUUGAUGAAGACAUGAAGUAGGUAAUUUUGUGUUUUCAGUCAAAGACAAAGAGGGUUGAAUUUACAACCAUUUUUAUUACUUUGUCCUCGAUCGCCUUCAUUCUGACAAAAUGUAAUGUGUAUUUUUAAGAAAGAGAUAUUUUAAAGUAAACAGAGGAUACUUAAAAGAGAGGAUAUUAUUCUCUUUUUUGGGCUUUGUACGGCCCCUCUGAGAGCUCCUCAGCAGCUUUACAUGAUUCAUAUUUCAACAGAUAUUAUUUUUCAGGCUGCUGUCUUUAAAAACUCUCAUUUCAGCCUCCGUCUGAACACUUCCUUUAAGCCACUGUCCCUAUAGAGCCCCCCAGCAUUCCAGAACCCACCAUUCUAGAGGCCUCCUUCACUGUUGCAAUACAAGAAAGUUGUAUUUCCUCUUAUGAAAUGACAAAUAAGGAGAUUCACUGUCUGCUAAUGUCAGGAUUUCAGCAAAAAUCUCAUAUUGAUCUUGUGGAUUUCUGUGACUUUUUGAACAAGCUAUUUAAUGCACCCUGUAAGCCCAUUUGAGGAAUAUCUCAACAAACAUUAACCUCGAAAUCUGAAACUUUGUGUUCAAAGAUGAAAAAGCAUAGUGCCACCUGUUGAACAGAGCAGGAAAAUUCAGGAUUAGGACCUCUCUGUGGGGUAAUGAGAUAAAUCUAAGGUGUAACAAGCUGAUCAGCAAGAAGAAAUAGAGAAAAAAUUAUGUUACUGCCACAAAAGAUGUGAUUUAUCGACAUAUUUAGGGUGACUUCAAUAGUAUUAGAAAAUAUUAAAAAAGGGGCUAUCACUUUUUAUUGAUCUAGUUCUGAUCAAUACCAAGGGCAUAUGGCUUAUUUUGUUGAUUAGUUAGGGUUGUGUGUGGGAGUACAAGACCAGAGUUAACUCUUUUAGGGGGAAAUGAAGCUUGAAUCUGUCAUAUUUAAAAUGAUAAUUAAAGACACACCCUUUGUCUUAUAAAUGAUGAGUCAGGAUGUAGAACUGUGGAGAGUGCCAGACAUGUGAGCGUAAUUUAGAUAAUAUAUAGAUAAUUUAGUUUAGCCAGCUGUUUGCGUAUCAAUGAAGACAAGAGUUUGACAGUUGCACAUGUGUUUCAGACAUGCAUGCUGCACAUAAUGAGUCUCCUACUGUAUUUCCUCUUGAUAAUGAGAUCAUAUUAAUUUUUUAAUUAUGAUUUAUGAACAACAUUGUGUUCCUGAAAGUCACAUAUUACACAGAUCUGUCACGUUGUGCCUUCAGAGUUACAAUGAUUAAACACUCCCUCUAACCAUUAGUAUGUGGAGGCAGCGUGAGCGGACCUGUUGUCAUGGCGAUAAAAUGGCUUCACUGAUGUCAGUGUUCUUUAACAGCCAUUAGAGCUCUCACAGCAUGUAAACACAGGGUGGGGGUAAACACAGGGUGGAGGCUCUGCGUGUCUUUCGCUCUCAGGCCUGGUAGUGAGUGCUCUCUGCACACAUGGCCAUUAGCAGGAAAUGGGGAGUCAUCUAUGUGAUGUAGUGGAGCAGUACCACGCUUUGCUGAUCAAACCAAUAACACCUCGUUUAUUUGACCACUGGGACACUCUCCUUUUCUCCUCCUGAUCCUCACACUCGAGUCAUUCUUCCUUUAUUUUGCUUUCUCACUACUUUAUACUUGUCCUGCCCCCUUGUUACUGUAACUCUUAUCUGCUCAUUUUACCCACAUUUCUAUUAUAUCAUAAUUUUACAUUUCAUUGCCUGAAUCUGUAUAAUUCGUUCCUCCUCAUGUCCCUUUUUCUCCCUUUUAAUCUCAGAUUUGCUCCCACACUCCUACAUCAUCUUCUCUCUCUCUCUCUCUCCCUCCCUCCUCCUGCUAAGGCCUCCUUCCCCUUUGCCUCUCAGGGAUUUCUUUUUCUUUCUUUUUCUACCUGUGUUUCCCCUCCUUUCUCUACCUUCAGGUUAUUUCUCUUACUCGCAGUUAUCAUCAUUGCCUCGCUCUAACGCUGCCUGUCUUUGUACAGCUGGUUCCCCUCUUAUCUCCCCCGCCAGUCUCCCUAUCUCCCCCAGCACUGCCAGUCCGGCUGCAGAUCCACAGAUAAUCCCGCAGCUUGCUGUGAGCUGAUACACGAUAAACCCUCCUUUUCUCUGUGUUGUUUCGAUAACUUACUUCAUCUGCUCCCGCUGUGGAGGAAAAACCCCUCUCCCUCUCUCCCUGCCCGUGGAUCCAAAGUGGCCUCACAUUAAAAAGAAAAAGUGAGGAUUGCUGGAAUUCGUGCUGGAGACAUGGCAGCAUUUUCCUCUCUAUAGACUGGCUCGUGCUUCAGUGUCAUAAAUGUGUAAAUAACACCAUGUGUUAGAUGGAGAAAGGAGCGGGAGGAGGCUACAGAUGGACUAAAAUGAUAGCCUAUAGUGAGAAUUGGCCACCGUCCAGUUCAUUAUGAUUAUAGAAGAGCGGCAUAUGUGCUCAGUGAUUUUCCCAGGCCUUAAAACAGUCAGUGUGGCUAAUUUUAUCAAGCAUUUUUGUGUGUGAAUGCGUGUGUGUGUGUGUGUGUGUGUGUGUGCAGCAGGGAGAGAGAAAUCAGACAGGUGUUGCUGAGGGGAAAUGAGGGUGCAGGAUGGCUAUAAUGGCAGCCGGAACACCUCUAGUGGAUGUCUAAGUAUGUCUAAGUGCCCAAACCUGUGACUCCUGACUGUGCAUUCACUUUGCCUUAGCGUCUCGGUCGAAAUAUCGGUGCAAAAUAAAGUUAGGGUGUAACACACCGUAACACUGAGUUAGACACCCUGUUGAGAGAUGAAUGUUGCCGACCGCUUGCUUCUCCAGUUAUACCAACUUCAGUAACGACCACACGAUAGCAAAACACAGAGCCAUGCGCUCAACCAAAACGCCACUCUAUAGCAACAAAUAAUGCUCAGAACAGCACCUAACUUCAUCAACAGUACAUAUAGGGUCCCAUCCACAGCACUAGCAACCAAACAUCUUUUUAACUUUGCCUGAUUUCUUUAGGAAAGAGACGAAACACAACUCCCUUACUCUCUUCCAGCAGCCGCUUGUUUGUGCAGAGACCACCGGGUGAGUCCAUUGUCUGAGGCGGGGUGACACAGCUCAAGGAAGAACAUUUAUGAUCAUUUCUUUAUAAUUUCGUUGAAGUAAAAAUCAUCAUAUUAAUCAUUUUGCACUGGAGAGGCAGUAGUUCUUCUGCCUUAGCGUCUCGGUCUGAUUGCAUUUCCAUGAAGAAAUGAUCAUAAAUGUUCUUCCUUGAGCUGCGUCCCCCCGCUGCAGUCGAUGGACUGGCCCGGAGGUCUCCAUACAAACAAGCGGCUGCUGGAAGAGAGUAGGUGAGUUGUGUUUUAGAUAUCAGUCAAAGCUAAAAAGAUGUUUGGUGGCUAGUGCUAUGGCAAGGACCCUAUAUGUACUGUUGAUGAAGUUAGAUGCUGUUCUGAGUAUUAUUUGUGGCUAUAGAGUGGCGUUUUGGUUGAGCGCGUGGCUCUGUGUAUUGCUAUGUGCGGUUGUUACUAAAGUUUGUAUAACUAGAGAAACAAGCCGUCGGCAACAUUCAUCUCUCGACGAGGUGUCUAACUCAAUGUUACGGUGUUUUUGACCCUAACUUAAUUUUACGCCGGAAUAUCCCUUUAACUCCCUCUCCUUUCCACUAGUCCCCUGCCUUGUUGCAUCCUGCCUCACCCUGCCUGACUCCCCCCUCUCUCUCCCCCACUCCUCCCUCUCCCCCUGACAGCGUUUUAAUGAGUCCGAUGAGUGCACUAAUUCUCUCUCACAGUGGCAGUGUAAUGUGUUCGCUGAUGCUAAAUGGCUCGCCUGCUCUCGAUGCUCUCUGACUUUUUUUUCUCCAUCCCUCCACUCUCUCUCCCCUGACUUUCUCCCUUUUUCCUUCUUCUUUUCUUAUCUGCUUAAUUUCAACCAUCCCCCUCAAUCACUUCCUGCUCUUUGUAACUUCCUCUCUAACCUUCUUUUACUUAUCUAUCCCUUUGAAACUCCAACUUUCUUUGUGUCCUUUAAUCUCUGUUUCUAUUCCUGUCCCACUUCCUCUUGGUCUCUUUUUAACAUCACUUUCUUUUAUUUCUCUACUUCCAACUUUUUUUUUUCACUCUCCAUCCACUUUUCCUCUCCCUUUCCAUCCUUAUCUCUUCUUCUUCAAUGUGUGUCCCCAAAUUUAUUGCUUCUUUUCAUCCCCUCUCUCUCUCUCUCCUUGUCUUUCUAUCCUCCUCUUCCAGUUAUGAUCGCAGCUGUUCCCAACAUCCGCCUCCGCUUUCCCGUGGCGUGGCUCCCCCCCUCUCCCUCGCCCUCCCUCGCUCCCUGGCUUCAGAGGAUAGCCGGCAGACGCUGCACAGCACCUCCUCCUCCUUCACCGACAGGGAGAGGUAAUGAGUCGCCUCGUCAGCUCGGCACAGUCUGGGUAUCUCAUGACUCCAAUGUGCAUGUGUGCGCACCUCUGGAUUAAGCCGGCUUCUUUAUAUGUGUGUGUGUGAAUUUUUUUUAUUUCCUUUUUUUUUUUUUGUGCAUGAACAUGAAGAAUAAUUGGACUGUAGUGCAAUCCUCCAAGGAGUGCUGGUGGCUGGAGUAUUGCUGUAAGAAGUAUCCGUGUUUUUAAACUCCCUCUCCAGAUGAGUCAUCGUGGGCCCAGCCGCCGUCCAUGAAAUGAUGCUUUUAUUUGAGGGUAUUCAAAGUUAAUCUCAAUCAGGAUGAUAAUAAUAGUGCUUCCUCUCACUUCCUCCCCCCCCAUCAGCCUUUCUUCCUCCUUCUCUUCUGUCUCUUUUCCCCCCGCCGUCCUCUCGGUCCCCUGUGAUGCAGCUUUCCGUUUGCGUGUGCACCACUUUCUCAGCUUCGGGCCUCACUGCUCCACUUCUCUCCUUCUUCUUCUUCAGUCUUUCCUUCCCUCAUACCAUCAGGCCUCCCCAAGCCUCCCAUAACUCUCCUCUUUCCUUUUAUUUCCCCCCUUUUUUUCCUUCCCACACUCACUCUUCUUCUUCUUCUCCGUCUGUGUCUCUUGCUGUGUCAGGAUCCCAGUAGUGAACCUCUGAGGUGACUGUUUCUCCAUAUGGUAAACAUUUCUACGGGGCCUGAGGAGGAACAUCAACACGACCAGAGGGUGCGCCCACAGCGCCAUUUAUUUUCUCUGAAACUGUGAAAUGAAUUCAGGGAUCCCAGGUAUCCAGCCAUCACAAGACUCCCCGGCUCCCUGAGGUCUUAAAAAGCUAAACUCAUCCUCCCGCAGCUCCCUCCCUCCUUCUUUCCUUCCUUCCUUCUUUCCUUCCUCCCUGCUCUGUGUUCAUUCCUUUUAUGCGGCUCUGCCUUACUGUAACCUGCUCCUUGUUUUUCCAUCUCUCUGUAUAGCCUUGAGCUCUGCCAAAAUACCCAACCGCCCUGUUUCGUCUUGCCUUGACUAAUUCACAAGCAAGCAGUCUAACAGCCAUGCAGAAUCCCAUUACCCAUGAAAUGCCCUACCUGUGCUUCCACAACAGUUUCCAAUCACUCAGUUUUAGUUCAAAUAAGCAGCCGACCGUUCUUUCACUCAACUUCAGUUCAGUGUAGCAGGCUGGUGGGCUAUUUGGUUCGUAAACGGUUAAAAGCCAUUCUCAGCAUCUCCAAACACUGAACAGGGUAUUUCACAAAGCUCAUUGGCACUGCUCUCGCCAACAGGCAAUGUGUUUAACAUGUCACGCUCCAAAAACUGCUGUUUAUCCCCCGCUUUGGGCGCCUGAAAUGCAAAUAGUGUGGCUUUCUCCCUCUGCAGAGUGUGCAGGAGUCUGUUUUGUUUCAUCCCCCCCACCUCCAUGAUUUGUUCUCUUAAUUAUGUGGCUAACGUUCAUCCUCUUUGUUGAGCACCCUUUGUUCCUGCUGGACUAUGUAGAGGUGUGUUAGGCAUAAAGAAGCUCCACAUGCAGCAGAAGGGUGGAUGGAGGAGGCUUCCCUGCUGAAAAUCAAUGUUUCCCAAAGGUUUCGGAUGGUGCACAACAAAGACAGAUUUAUGGCAUCAUGGAAAUCAGCAGUACGCAUAAUGAAAGGACUGACAUUACCACAACAAGGAUUCGUUUCCAGGUGACAGCCAAGAAUCUCAAUCUGGAAAACAAAAACCACCGACAUUUUGCUUCAUAUCAGAAUCAAGAAACCAAACAUCCGAACGAAAGUACAUAGAGGAGCUUCUUUUCUCUCUCCCUGGUGAAUCUGCAUGUAUAUAGUAAGAAAACUUGUGAGAGUUGCUUCAGAUCUAUUAUUUAUAAAUGUCUAUUUUAUCUAUCAGUGAGUGAUAUAUUGAAGAAUAUCCUAAAGCCAAAUGUCAGGUUGCGUUUUGCGACUUUUCUAAGCAUCUUUGAGACAUUACAACCCCCAGUUACACACAUUUCCACUACAGACAUAGUGCUGGUGGCUUCAUGAGUGGCUCGUGCAAACCUACCGAUAUAAAGUCUUGUGAUUUUUAGUAGCAUUCCUGUAGAAAUGUGGUCUUUCUGUACCAUGGAAGUUCAAUAAAGACUGGCGUUUUAGCUCUGAGUCUAUCUGUUUAUUUCUGUACA